CGCUGGUCCUCAAUUCUCAUCAUCAGAUCAAGCAAGCACAGAGUUUAACUGUCAAUGGCCACUCUUCUCUCUUCAUCCUCUCUACUCUUCUUCACUUCUCCAACCUCCAAGCUUCCUCCACCUUCUCUCUCUCCUACUCCGCCCCUUUCUCUCUCAUCAUCCUCACCUUCUUCUCCUCUCUCUUUCACUCUCUCCCUUUCUCCUUUCUUUUCAUACCCCACAACCUCCAGACGCCAUUCUCUAUCCUCAUUCAAGGCCAAACCCAUCACAGCAGAGAAGAAGAAAGUCGCCAUAGUCAAUACCAACAGUGGUGGCCAUGCUGUCAUUGGCUUCUACUUUGCAAAAGAGCUUCUGGGUUCUGGCCAUGAAGUCACCAUAAUGACUGUUGGGGAAGAAGUUUCAGACAAGAUGAAGAAACCCCCAUUCAACAGAUUCUCUGAAAUUGUGAGUGCCGGUGGCAAGACAGUGUGGGGAGACCCGGCAGAAAUCGGAAAGGUUUUGGAAGGGGCAACAUUUGAUGCUGUAUUGGAUAACAAUGGAAAGGACUUGGACACUGUGAGGCCUGUGGCAGAUUGGGCCAAAAGUUGUGGUGUAAAGCAAUUUUUGUUUAUCAGCAGUGCCGGAAUCUACAAGCCAACAGACGAGCCUCCUCAUGUUGAAGGGGAUGUUGUAAAAGCUGAUGCUGGUCAUGUUGGAGUCGAGAAGUACAUAUCAGAGAUUUUCAGCAGUUGGGCAGUUUUCCGUCCACAAUACAUGAUUGGAUCUGGCAACAACAAAGAUUGUGAGGAGUGGUUCUUUGAUCGAAUUGUUCGGGGAAGACCAGUUCCCAUCCCUGGAUCGGGAAUGCAGCUAACCAACAUCUCCCACGUUAGGGAUUUAUCAUCCAUGAUUACUCUGGCAGUCGAAAAUGCAUCUGCUGCAAGCGGUAACAUCUUCAACUGCGUGAGUGAUCGUGCCGUGACACUUGAUGGAAUGGCCAAACUAUGCGCUCAAGCUGCUGGCUGCCCAGUUGACAUCGUGCAUUAUGAUCCCAAAGCUGUUGGCAUUGAUGCAAAGAAAGCUUUUCCUUUCCGUAAUAUGCACUUCUAUGCAGAACCAAGAGCUGCGAAGGACAUUCUCGGGUGGAACGCUACCACAAACCUUCCUGAAGACUUGAAGGAGCGGUUUGAUGAGUAUGUGAAGAUUGGAAGAGACAAAAAGCCCAUGAAAUUUGAGAUAGAUGAUAAGAUUCUGGAGUCACUGAAAGUGCCAGUGGCUGUAUGAUAUUCCACAUGUCCAUCCUACACAAUGAUUGAGAUGCAAUCAUGUGUCUCAUUCUCUCUUACAUAUAUGCUAGAUUGCUAAGAAGCAGUGUAUCAAAUUUUGCUCAUUUAUUCAGAGUAAAUACAAAGAAAUUACUUAUUCUUCUCA